AUAUGACCUAGCAAAUGAAACCACAAUCCACAUUGCAUAUCUCUCUCUCUCUCCCUCUCUCUCUCUCUCUCUCUCUGUAGCAAUUCUUUCUCAGUUCAUUGAUGUUUGUGCUGAUGGAAACUAACACCACUGUCAUUCCUGCAAGCCCACCAGUCCCUUCUGCAGAAAACGAUACCCACAAUCACCACCAUCCUUCACAGCCUCACCACCAUGAUAUUAUCCCUCCCACUAACAUUCUCAUAAUCAUCUUACCCAUCACCAUAAUCAUCUUACUCCUCUCCAUUCUCCUCAUUAUAGUAAUGCUCCGACGUCUGAAAUCUACUAAAAACAACGGCAAUCGAAAAAGCAACAACAGCAUCAACAAGAAUAAUUGCAUGUUCAUUGCUCAUAGCACUAUCAACAUCAAUGCAAGCCCAAAUGUGAAGGGUGGGUGUCUUUAUGGAGGGAAUUCAGUGCGAAUUCCAUCAUCGGGUAAAUUUAGAGGAGUCCAAGUGUUCACCUACAAGGAGCUUGAAGUGGCAACUGACAAGUUUAGUGAAGCAAAUGUGAUAGGUAAUGAAGAAUUUGUAGUAGUUUACAGAGGGAUCUUAAGAGAUGGUACUGUGGCAGCUAUCAAGAUGUUGCACAGGGAAGGCAAGCAAGGCGAGCGUGCUUUCCGGAUAGAGGUGGAUUUACUAAGCCGAUUACAAUCGCCUUACUUGGUGGAGAUGCUUGGCUACUGUGCAGACCAACAUCACCGGCUUCUAAUAUUUGAAUUCAUGCCCAAUGGUACACUCCAACACCACAUCCACCAUUUCCUCAACCAUUCCCGGCCGUUGAAUUGGGGGACCCGUUUGCGAGUAGCCCUUGACAGUGCCAGAGCCCUUGAAUUUCUUCAUGAGCAUACAUUGCCAUCUGUCAUCCACCGUGACUUCAAGUCCAGUAAUAUUCUCUUAGAUCAAAAUUUCAGAGCCAAGGUAUUUGAUUUUGGUUUGGCAAAGACUGGCUCAGACAAGAUCAAUGGUCUAGUUUCGACUCGUGUGUUGGGGACCACCGGUUAUUUAGCCCCCGAGUAUGCUUCAACAGGUAUCCUUACCACAAAAUCAGAUGUAUACAGCUAUGGUGUGGUCCUUCUAGAGCUCUUAACCGGUCGUGUGCCAGUCGAUACCAAGCGGCCUCCAGGAGAACAUGUUCUUGUCUCUUGGGCUCUUCCAAGGUUAACUAACAGACAACAAGUAAUGGAAAUGGUGGACCCGUCUCUAAAAGGCCAGUAUUCCAAAAAGGAUCUAAUCCAGAUAGCUGCUAUUGCAGCCAUGUGUGUGCAGCCAGAAGCAGAUUACCGGCCUCUAAUGACAGAUGUAGUGCAGUCCUUAAUUCCUCUGGUUAAGAAUCUCUCUUCCAAUUCCUUGAGAUUUAGUCAGACAGUAAGUCCCAUGUGUUAGGGCUUUUGGAACUACAAUUUGAGUCCAAAAUCUCAAUCACUCAAUAAACCAGCUGGAUCAUCAUGUGACAACUCAAUGUGGGAAAAAUCUCAAUCAUUCUGCCGCGGCACCAAAAAUGGUUCAUGUGCCUUUAGGACAAGGUCAUAAUCAGCUGGUCCAAUUUUUGUCUGACCAAGAACCAUGUAGUGUAUUUGUACGAAUUGUGUAGCACUAGGCUAUAACUUUCAGUUCUUAAAGCAGACAAAGAAGCAGCGAAAUGUACCAAUGCAUUUGAGAUUUAAAAUAUGUAUAUAUCUACAAGGUCUUAAAAAUAAUCUGAUCACACAGCUGUUGUGAUUGUCCUUUGUAGGCAAGCAUCUUGAACAUUCAAAUAUCAUGCACUCCAAUUUAAAGAAAGCAGUAGUAAUCGAAUAAUAAUUACAUGCUUUCAUCAAGAUUGAAAAUA